CACUAGCCAGCCCUAUCGCCUGCCCUUGUACUACUCUUCGUCGCCAGUCACCUCGGACCCCACAACUCAUCAUCACCAUGGAUCACGAGGGCGGUGAUAGAGCCCAUGCAGGGCCUUCUUCACCCGCCAGUAGGGCUCAGCAGGAAUGGCAGCAGGAGCUGGACACCCUUGAUCUGCGUGAGACAUCUAGUCAUCCCUCGACCUCGGGCGCUGCUGCUUCCUCAUCUCGGCAGCCCAUAGUGGCCGACGAUGACGAUACACAGAGGAUGCCUAGACCUCCUCCGCGCUUUGGCUAUAUACCCUGGGAGAGCACUUGGCGCGAAGAAGAGUCAGAGACGAAUCUGACGCCACCUCACGAGGAACAGCCUUUCAAGUCCUUUUCCGGCCCACUUGCUGCUCAGGUCGUGGAACAGCAGCCGCGGCCUGCCUCUGGCUCAUGGCAGGAUACCGAUAGUGACGAUGACAAUCGCGAAGCAUACGAUGGCUACACAGGUGGUCAGCCGAUGCGGCGGUCCAGUACAAAUGGCCACCUCUCCGAUAGCGAGUCCACUACAGCCGACAAUGUAUGCAGGAUAUGUCGCUGUGGACCUGAGCCAGGUCAGCCCCUCUAUCAUCCUUGCAAGUGCGCAGGAUCGAUACGGUAUUGCCACCAAGACUGCUUGAAGGAAUGGCUACAACACUCUCGCAAGACACACUGUGAGCUUUGCCACCACACCUUUGCCUUCCACAAGAUCUACUCCUCCUCCAUGCCCACAGCAGUUCCCUUUCACCUGCAAGUCCGCUUCCUCAUCAAGCGAAUCUUCUCCUGGUCCCUUUUCCUCGUCAGGGCCGCCUUUGUAGUGGCAAUCUGGCUCGCAUUCCUCCCUUGGGCCAACAUCAACUUCUUCAGGGGAGCUUUCUGGAUCAGCGAUGCUCUACUCUGGGUCAGCGGCGCAGGGACAGUGUCAUGGUCUGGUGUGGUGUCAGAAGAGAUGACGAGAACCUUGAAUGCUCCUCCGGCUUCCGCCUCGGCUAGAGCAGCGCCCUCGCCACUGCCGACGAUACCUUUGAUGAUGGGUCAGAACGCCAGUCGGAGCGCCUCGACAGACGUCGGGAAUGGUCCGCUCCGGUCACUCGUCUCCAUCUUUGUAGUGUUCAAGCCAUCAAAUAUCGCAAAGGCGCUGCUUCAUCCCAUCAGUGGGGUUCAGAGGAUCUUGUCCGUUGCCAGAGCGGGCCAGGAGGAGGUCAUGUCCUGGGAUUGGAAGACGCCAGCAAACUGGGUUAGUCAAGACAUCUUCCAAGGCCAGAUUCUCACCUGCUCCAUAGUAGUCCUGGUAGUAGCUGCCUGGUUCACUCGAGAAUGGGUCAUCAUGAAUCUACCAGCUCACGUACCCGGCUUGGAAGAGCCUCGUAGAGAGGUGGACAUGCUGAGGGAAGAAGAAGAGAGGAGACUGGCAGCGAGGAGAGCAGAGGUCAUGCGAGAACUGCAACAGGAGUUGCGGCCCUUUGUGGCAGAAAGACUAGCUGUACCUCAAGGGGCAGAGCAGCAGAUGCAAGGCGAGGCAGUGAACCCUUCUACUGCCACUGCGCAAGAUGAUGUCGCUCAUCGGGAUACAUUCGACGAGCCUGGUGAGACACUGUCAUCCCAGCUUUCAGGACUUGUCCCGGUCGAUUUCGCACAGGCAAGUACCUCAUCGAGCAGCCCACAACAUCAGCAGGAAGGGGACGGGAGGUACGAUCAUGAUGAAAUGCGCCUCGCCCGCCUCGCCCGAUUCUCAGCAGGGCCGAUACUUGCCUCUGAGGAAGUGCCGUUGACAGGCCCGCAAGCUGUGGGGAGAGAGGAGGUCACUGAACCAUCGAUAGCAUCGACAAGCAAGCUGGCGGAUCUCGGAGCCCACAGCCCCUCAGUGGGGGAGGCUCCGGUGCACGACGACAAUGAGCGCUUUACUACAGUGGGUGACGUGUAUCGCUCGGCAUCAUCGGUUGCAACGCCGGAUCAAGAAUCCUUGCCGCCUACAUUGGCCGAUGACCAAGAAGGUCAAAUCAGCACAGAUAAGACAAAGGCAAAAGUCCCGUCCGAUGAAGACACCACGCCUGUUGACGAGGCACAGGGCGUCCUGCCUGCAAUGGUAGAAGACAGUCCCAGAGACGGACAUGCAGCCGAAGCGGAUAGCAGCUCAUCUACCUUGAGUGAGGCGUCUCAAUCUGCAGUCGAAGAUGGAGACGAUGAAGCAUGGGGCAGCGACACGGGAUCAUCCCUUGCAUCGUCCUCAAAUGCCUCGCACGACGAAGAUGAUCCUCCUCGCAACCAGCAUCAGCGGCGUGGUCAGAAUGGUGCAGUACGGCUCAGGCGAGAAGAGAGGGAAGGAGCACCACCGCCUGAGCUUCCGGCCGCCCCGGCCGCCCGUGGGCUCCUUCCUGGUCCAGACCAGCAGCAGGUACGACACGCUCUAGGAGAGGCAAUGGAUGGACGACUCAACAAUGCUGCUGCAGUUCAAGAGGCCUGGGAAGCAGAAGCUGCUGCCGCUGAAGCUGCAGCGGCUGCAGCCGAUGCCGAUGCCGACUGGGAAGAGGUGCAAGGAGAGCUUCAGGGCGUACUGGACGCAAUCGGAUUCAGAGGCGAUCCCCUCAACGUCCUCGCAAACCUCUCCAUCGUCGUCGCCCUGUGCUCCUUCUUCAUCCUCCUCUUCAUUGGCUUGCCGUACUUUGUGGGGCGCCUCUUUGGACUCGGCGCUGGUCUGGUCGAGUUCAUCAGCGCUCCCAUCAGGCUGGUCCGUCUCGUGACUGACCCUUGUUUCGACUGGCUGAUCGAAGUAGUCUGGAAAGGCAUGGGGCGAAUGGGAUGGCAAUGGGCGACGACUGGGACCUCACAGGCUUCCGAUCCGUCGACUGCCUCCAGCCUUCUACAUCAAGUUGUGAAUCUCUUUAGCAAUGGAGAGGCGGCGGAGCGUACUCACGAGCCUGUCAAAUCAGCUGUCAAUUCCUUUGCGGGCCAGCUCUCCAAGAUACCCUCGUGGACCUCCGACAAUUUGCUGUAUCCCAUCGAAGCGCGGCUGGUCACUCGGGCCGUCACCACCUCGAAUCAAGUCGUGUGCGUUUUUGUUGGACAUCUCUGGUUGAUGGCGUCUAUUGCUACUCAUAUUGGCAUUGGAGAGUACCGGAAGAGAAGACAGAAAGGAGCACAAGCUUCGAACAACGAGACGUUGGAAGAGCAGUGGGUCAAGGAAGUCGUCAUACAGGUGUUGACGGUGGUCAAGGUCCUCGCCUUCCUCUGUAUCGAGAUCGUCGUCUUCCCGAUUGGCUGUGGUAUCACCCUCGACUUGUGCACUCUGCCUCUCUUCACGGGAACGCUAGAGUCACGCUACAACCAACUACUCAACAGGCCCGUCACUUAUAUCUUUCAGCUCUGGUUCAUCGGUACCCUCUUUAUGUUCCGCCUAGGCUGUCUCAUCUCGCACAUCCGCCGUACGCUUCGUCCGGGUGUGCUCAGCUGGAUUCGUGAUCCUGAAGAUCCGGACUUUCAGCCCAUCAAGGAGAUAUUGGAGCGCAAGACUAUUACACAUCUGAGGAAGAUCGGGGCCAGCGCUACAAUGUAUGGUGGACUCAUCGUCUGCCUAUUUGGCGUCACUUGCUACCUCUUUGGUCAGCUAGUCAAGGGAACCGAUCUGCUUCCUCUGCGACUCAGUGGACGACCUCCUUUCGUUCCACUCGAUCUGCUCUGCAUCGUCUUUGUGCUCCCAGCACUGGCCAAGCUGACUAGACCGCUCAAGCGCGGCUCAAGCAUCUCCAGACGCUGGUGGCGCUUCGCUACGUACCGUCUGGGCAUAGCAGAGUACUUUUUCGAACCCAAGAGGAUCGCUGGACCAAAGAAGAGCGAUGCCAAGGAGCCCAGCUUCUAUGCUCGCGUGCCAGACUCGGACAAUUCUAUUCUUGGGUCUCCAUUGAUGAUCCAAGUCGACGCGGGAGGUGUGCCGAUCAGCGAAAGAGGCAAGGAAGCCCUGCAGGUCCAGGAAGAGAAGAUUGCCAAGAUGAAGGAGCCCAAGGCAAAGUACAAGGUCCUGCGCCUGCCAAUAGGGUUCGGCAGACGAGUCAAGCUGCUGCUCUUCUUCUUGUGGGCCAGUAUGGCCGUCGGAGCUCUCUUUACUGUCUUUGUCCCCAUUGUCCUCGGGCGCUGGAUUCUUGGGGAUCAAGCGGACCACCAUGACGUCUAUGCCUUCACUCGUGGCAUCAUCGCCCUCUCCCCGGUCUUCCCCCUCGCUGACCUCCUCUCGCGCACACAGACGGCGCAACGGAAGUUGGAUCGCCCAUCCUGGGGUGGCGAGGGCAAAUUGCAAGGGAACAGGCGCGCUCGAAGGGAGUUGCGCAAGUCUCUUUGGUGGACAAAGCCCACGACUCCUCUGGCGAAGAAGCGGUUGCGACUUAGAGUGCGCAGGUGGGCUUGGAGGGCCGGGAACGCUGCAGUGAUCUUGGUGAGCUUUGGGCUGCUGAUGCCUGCGAUCGUGGGGUUGACUGUCGAUCAGUUACUCGUUGCUCCCAUCCGUUUUUCGCCUACGCAAGUAGCGCAAACCUCCAUGCCGUACGCCUGGGCCAUGGGCCUUCUCGAGCAAGAAGUCUUUUAUCGCGUCGUCAUUCAGCGACUGAGACCAGACUGGUUUGCAGCGGCCAAAGAGACGUACCGCCGCGGUCUGCGUCACCCUGCCCCGCUCUUUUCCCUCCGUAAGGUCUUCCUCCCCAUAGUAGGCAGCUGUCUGUUGCUCCUGUGCAGCCCGCUCCUACUCGCUGCUUCGAUGGACUAUUUCCUUCGAGCACUCGCCUCUUCCUCCCUGUCCUUCUCAUCGGCCGAACCAGAUGGCCCUACGCUCACACCAAAGGAGCGCUCCGCCUCCCUCCUCUAUACCGCUCGCCUCACUAUCCUCUUCCUCACCCUUGCUUUUGGUGGUGGGAAAGCCCUCGUGGGUCGGACGGGGCUAUUUGAAGAAGAGCUGAGGGAUGAAGUUUAUCUACAGGCGAGUGAAUUGAAGAAUUAUGAGGAUGAGGGAAAGGAGGUUGGGGAAAAGGAGAAGGAGAAGAGGCAGAAGAGUAGGAGUAGGGAGAGGAGGAGAGGAGUGAGAGGAGGAGAAGAGUGAGAGGAGGAGAAGAGUGAGAGGAGGAGAGGAGUGAGAGAAGGAGAGGAGUUAGAGGAGAUGCCGUUGCUGCUCCUGGUGGUGGUGGUGGUGCAGAAGGGCGAGAAGGGGUAGCAGAGCCUUUAGCUGGUUAAGCUUCAAGUCUAGGGAGCUAUUUGAUGAGCGAGAUGAGAUACCUUUGUGCCAUUCUUCAAAUCACACGCAGAUACGAGGGAAGGCACAUGACAAUAGAUCACUUCAGCC